CCUCAUUUUGCAGCUAGGAUUGUUUUGGGAGGUGGGCUGAACUAGCAUGCUAGGCAGCUAGCAAACAGUUAGCUUCUCUCACCUCUCUCUCAGUUUGUCGGAGGUGCAGACACUCAUUAAAAAUGUCCAAACUACAGGACGGCCACAGGAAGGAUCUCAGGUCAACCUGGUGAGUUUAUUGACGAGCCUGGUGUCAGCUGAUUUUGGGAAAGGAUGCCAGAGAUGACUGAAACCGAGACAACCGGUCGAAAACCAAAAAAGAAGAAAAACAAAGAAUCGCACAAUGCAGUUGAGAGGCACCGGAAAGAGAAGAUAAACGCGGGAAUUAACCGCAUUGGCAACCUCUUGCCGUGUUCACAAGCACUUAAACAGAGCAAGAACAUGAUCCUGGACCAGGCCUUUCGAUACAUCAACGAACUGAAGAAGCAAAACGACGCAAUGCUCCUGGAAGGCGGCGAUAAAGUCCAAGCGGAGGAGAUUCGCCGACUGCGGCGUCAGUGUGAGGAGCUUCGCAAGGAGAGCGCGCACUACAUCGAGCUCCUCAAAGCCCACGACAUCAAUCUCCUAGAAGACCCCACGGUCCACUGGAAGGGCAAGCAGCGCUGUGCCAAAGUGGCCAAAGUGACUCCCACUCAUCAGCUGCCCAAGGGAAUAAUCGUCUAUUCCAACGGGAACGUGAUGUGCCCCGCGGGAAAAGAUUCGAGCCCCGGGAAGCAGCCCUCGGAAACCGUAGUCCUUCAGCCGCCCUCGGAAGUGAGCGCAAGCGUGCAGGUGAAUGGAGCCUUGCUACAAGUUACUUCCUCCGCUACUUCGCUUCGCUCCACCUCGACUGUCCCGCAGUCGACAGCCGGCCUUGCAGUGGUGGAGCGGUCUCCGCCUCAGCCGCCUUCCAUGUCCUACAUCACCCUUCAGCUCCCAGCCGUAAACGCCGUCCCCGCCCAGACAGACGCAGCUGCUACAUCAGCGUCUCAACUUCCGUCCCCAGUCUCCUGUCUAGGCACGUUAAAUCAGACGGUAAGGGAAGCCACCCCCAGGACCGCAAGUUACAAUGCUAUACCCAACAGCCAAGCCCUUCUCAGGGCAGGGGCGGCCGGUAGCACGCAAACCACGUGGACGACGCUGCAGAUGGCAGGCAACACAGUGCAGCCUGUCAGCCAGAGUCUAGGCAGCACCACCCAAGCUGUCCACCAGGUGACAGUGUGUCCCGUGAGCGCCAAACCCUCCAUUCAGCCGAUUCACAUCCAGAUGCAGCCUCCUGUGCCUGUACAUCGUGCCCCCAUUACCGCACAUAUUCAGGCAAGGCCGCAACAGCUCCAACCUACAAUCCCAGUCCUCGCCUCGCAACCUCAGUGCGCCGUGCUCCCGCAGUCGGCCGCCGUGCCCCAGCCUGCAAUUGUUUCUCAGCCCCAGUCAGCUGUGCUUCAGCCGGCGUCGCUCGUUCCCCACCCUCCCGCGGCUCUCGUCCCUCAAGCUCAACAACAGGCCACCGUGCUGCCCCUCCUCCAGACCAUGCAGGUACUGCAGGUCAACCCGAGCAGCGCAACGGCCUCGGCACCCCAGAACAGCAACAACCCCAGCGUGGUCAUUCUGCAGCAGGCUAAUUCCUGCCAGAGCCAGCCUGUCAUGAGAGAAGAAGUGAGCAACCUGACGCCUUGUCAGCAUAUUGUCAUCAUCCAGGCUCCCAACCAAGCCGCACCCGCCCCUCAGAAUCCUAAGGUUGGCUUGGUGCCUUCUGCCCCUACUGCUGCUGUGCCUGCUUCUAUGCCCGCCACCCAAACCCCCAACAGUUCAACGUCGACGUUGCAGAGUGUGGGUGGGAAGCAGUUGGUGCACAUUCUCCCACGUCCGGCGCAGCCUCCGGUGAGCAGUCAAUGUCAGGCGAGCCAGGCAUCCGCCGGAGUCCAGACAACCCCGCAGACUAUCACUGUGAAUGGGCAGGUGUUCGCCUUACAGCCCAUGAAGACAUCAGACAAAACCGCUUCCCAAAGUACAAUCCAACUGGUCCAGCCUACCACCAGCGAGGAACCUAAUACCAAUGUGGCUCUUAACAGUCUCGGAGCCCUCAGUAGUCUGAACCAGAGCAUCUCUCAGGGCCUUCCGCUGAGCAUUUCGAGCCAGACCAACAACAACGGUGGUCCGCCUCCGGCCGCUCCAUCUGGAGUGGUCCAGCAGAAACGACAGCCUCCUGUUCCUGUGACUGUCCCUGGAGCCACAGUGGUCGUGCCUGUCCAGCAACUACAGGUGCCUCGCUUGAGCCCGGUCAAAUCUGGACUAGCGACGAGUGCGCCAAAGCCUGCCGGAAAGAGGCUCCGGAUGGCCCUUCAGACUAAGCGAUCGGCAGCCAAAAUGACCAAAGCAUCUAAGAGGAGGGCGCUCAGCCAGGCUAGUUCAGAAGAAAAUCAGAGAGCAUCUCAGGCCUCAGACAUUCCUCCCGUCGCCGCCACGACGGCAUCUAGCCAAACUACACAAAGCGUCACUUCUACACAAAGCUCAGCGAAAACUGUUGUCUGCGUUACAUCCAGUGGUCCGACCGUAUUUAGUCAGCCCAGGCCGCAGAGUGUCGGCUCCGCCGGCGCAAAUCCCAAUGAUGUUAUUUUGAGUCAAGUUAACGCGGGUGUUGUGCCGACCACAAUUGCAACCGUCAGCGUGACAUCGGUCACGCCUUCAGUGAGUGGAGCCUCGGCCACUAAUGACAAAGCGGCUGAAGCUUCAAACGGCAGCUCGGCGGCAAGCGAGCCUGUAGAAUCAGGCGUGAAGCAACCAGCCACCGGUGCAGAGACUCUCACAACACAAAGCAACUCGGCUAUUUCCUCUACGGUGUCGAAGUCGAGUAGAACUGUUGUUACUGCUGUAGGCGCCUGUGAUGUAGUGAACAGUUUAACCACAGCGCCCACUGCAUGUCAUACUUCAGUCUGCACCACAGUAACAGUCCCCGCAACUCAGAGUAUGCAAUCAGUAUCUUGCCCUCAGCCACCCAACGACAUAAAUCCUGUGCCUUGUAGUAAAAAUGAGCCCACUCCUUUGUCCACCGAAUCCACACCUACGACCGCCCUGUCGUCUGUUAGCACCAAUACAACAAGAGUGCAGACGCAGCAACCUGACCCGAAGGUGCCGACUGAAGUGAAACCUCCUCAGCCACCAGGGAAAAUUAGACCGGUCCAAGGAGAGAGACCUGCUACCACCUUAGCAGUGUCAACAUCUAAUACAACACCAAAGAAAGACUUUGUGCUUUCUCAGAGGUUGUACACUAACCUAGAUGAUCAAAAUAUUGAGCCCCCGGUGACGGAUUCACCCAUGUCCUCAGCGGCGGGGGGAGGCAGAGGCUUCUCUGUGGCCUCCAUGCUCCCGCAGGGUCAGGGCAUGAACGCCUCCUCCGGCUCCUUUGGAACGUUUACCUUCACGACCGAGCAGGCCGAGAUGCUAGCGCUGGCCAUGCUAGAACAGGACAGUCCUGGGAGGAGGGCCGGAAGCUAUGUCGGGAACGAGGCAACUCCACCCUCGUGGCAACCCCCGAAAGGGUCUGUUAGUAAAGAAAAAGCUCCCAAUGUGCAGCAGGUGAAAGUGACCAAGCCUGUAGACACAGUAACCGUUAAACCUCCAGUUCAGACGUCAGUCAGAGAAGGAGGCGAUGGGACAGCUAGUGCGAGCGGCGGGAGCAGGCAUCCACAGAAUCCGGCUCAUCUCAUCACAUACUCACAGUCUCACUCCCUCUCCCAGGUCCAGACUCAGAGCUCAGGCCAAAGUGGGACUGUCGCCAGCUUGAGUGUCAACAACCUGAUUAGGCCCAGCUCCUCUCAGCAACCAUACUCAGGUUCUCCCAGUCUCUCAGGCCAACACUGCUCAGUGUCCUCGCCUGCUGCCGCCUCGGUCCACAUUUCCCAACCCUCCAACAAUGCCCUCUCGCCGUGCUCAGGUGCAGCCCAGCUGAAUGAGUUUGCCCCCAUGAAAACCGCUUUAAUGAUGGCUCGGGCUGAGCGACAAGUCAAGAUCCUCUCCAAACGGCAGGCCCAGGAAGAGGCCAUGCUCACCACAGGGAAGCGACCCAAGCCGUGCCCUCCGCCGGCCCCCACUGUGGGGCACAUGGAUGUGAAAGGAGCGGACCACAACCAGAUGAUGGUAGGACAACUGCCUCCCUCGUCGUCUGCCAUGGCGAGGAUUAAUCCCGAAGGCUCCCUCUUCUCCACAAACUCCUUCAUGAGCACCGUAGUUCGAGCCACGGAUGCCCACUGCCCCCCUGAGCAGAACCAGCCGGGGGUGCUCCACCCACCCCAAGGGCAUCCGCAACAUCCCACUGCCCACCCAGGCCAGCACUUGGGUGGAAACCUUUACAUGAAACAGCAUCUUCAAGAGCAACAGCGACACCACCUGUACCAUUUGCAACAUCACCUGACUCAGCCGGACCCCGCGCAGCGCCACUCAUUACACCAGAGGGCGCUCCAGCAGGAGCAGCACGCUCAGAAGAAGAGGGGGCUGGUCAGAGGCGGCCAGACCAGUUCACCCGCUGCCAUGCAACAGAAGCAGCAUCACCUGGAAAAGUCCGGAGUGCAGCAGCAGCAGCAGCGCUCUCAUCCGCAACAGGCCCCACAUCAACAACACACGCAGCAACAACAACAGCCCGCCCAGCAGCAUCCGCAGCAGUCCCACCAACAGUCGCAACAGCAUCAGCCGGGGCAACACCAACAGUCGCAACACCAACAGCACCAGGCGCCCACGCAUCAAACACAGCAGCAGCAGCACCAACAACAACAACAUCAUCAACAGCUGCAGCAGCAGAAUUCCCACAGCAGGCACCAGCAGCAUCUCCAACAACAGAUACAACAGCAACACUUUAGACACCAGGAGAAGAGCUGCGAGGCCCAAGCUGCAGGAGCCAGAGUCCACCACAACAACCACCUGGCUCAGCAGGACCACCUCAAGCCUGGUCAGGACCACACUGCCAUGCAGAGAAUGAUGACUUCGCGGAAUCUGGAUCAGCAGCAGCAGCAGCUCAUUUCCCCACCCAGCAAUUCGGCGUCUCGUUCUUCCGACCUGUCGUGCGCGCCGUCCCGUCAGGAGCGCCACCGCGUCUCCAGCUACUCUGCCGAGGCGCUCAUCGGUAAGAGCCCCACGAGCGGCGAUCAGCAGCAGCGGAUGGCGCACCACCUCCAGCCGGGCCGGGGCGGCCCCGCCUCCGCCGCGCCCGAGCAGGGUGACCCGCGGGGCUACAUGGAUGCGCCGGGGAGAGGUAAAGCCAACGUGGCGCACAACCCACAGGGCAGGCUUACCUCGGACCAUCCGCCGUCAGCCGACAUUCAACACGUGACGGAGUGUCCGCCCUUCAAAUCCAUGGCUGCGGGACCGGUGGCGCAUCAGCUCGGUGGCUUCGAGGCUCAGGUUUCCCGCGGGAGCGACAUGACCCCCAAGUCGCAGAGGGCCCAGCAGCAGGGAACUUUCAGAAUGGGGAUCGGCCCUCCGGGGGACGGGAGGAACCGCGGCACCUACCCGAGCGUUCACCUCGGCCCGCAGGGAGCGCACGUCGGCCCCUCGCUUCUACGCGAGCAAGAAGCGUGCCACCAGACCUUUAUGCAGAGCCUUCUGUCCCCAGAGGGGAACCACCAGAGGGUGGCGCAGUGCUGCCCGCCUGUCAGCAUGGAGUACAGCUGCGGGCCCGGAAGCUCCUCAGCGGACAUCCAGGCCAAGGCGUCCAGCCCCGGCCAGAAACCCUCGGCAAUGAACAAAAGCCACAUUUCUCAGGUCAACAGUAAUAUGCACGGCGGGGUCCGAGCAGCCCACCUUUCCGGCCCGCACGGCGGCUCUGAGCCGGGCCGCCCCUCGGCCCCCUCCAGGCCCCCCGUCAGCCAGCACUCUCGCCACGCCCAGCCCGCCAAGCUGAGACCGGGCGAGCGCCCCCGGUCGGGAACGUUGCGACCGGGCAACCCCUUCGAGCCCGAGGGCCAUCUGGCGCUCCCGUCCGGAGGCGGCGUGCUGCUGGGCAGGCCCCAGUCGGGCGCCGAGGCGCGGCGCAGCGCCAUUGUUCGCUUCAUGGCGGACGGCGCCCAGGUGCCCGGCGACAACAACCUGGUUCCCGAGCAGCACCUGGCGCAGAAUUUCGGCUUCCCGUUCAUCCCGGAGGGGGGCAUGAACCCCCCCAUCAACGCCAACUCCACUUUCAUCCCGCCCGUCAGUCAGCCCAACGCCUCCCGCACGCCCUCCCUGCUCCCCGUCGAGCCCCAGAACACCUUACCCUCCUUUUACCCGUCCUACUCGCCGGCCGCCCACCCCAGCCUACCGGGCGACGUCACCUUGCAAUACUUCUCCAACCAGAUGUUCACGAGUCCGAGCGCCGACAAGUCCAGCGCCCCGCCGCCCCUCAACAACCGCUUCGGCUCCAUCCUGUCCCCGCCGCGCCCCGUUGGAUUCGCGCAGGCCAGCUUCCCGCUUCUGCCCGACAUGCCCCCCAUGCCCAUCGCCAAUUCGUCGGGCAUCACGCCGCACAUCUCCAACUUCAGCCUCACCUCGCUCUUCCCGGAGAUCGCCGCCGGGAUGCCCGCCGACGGCUCGGCCAUGCCCAUGUCGCCGCUGCUGUCGCUCGCCAACGCGUCCGCCGCCGACUCGGGGAAGCAACCCAACAGGCCCGCCCACAACAUCAGCCACAUCCUGGGGCACGACGGCAGCUCGGCCGUGUGACGUCCGACUUCGCCGGCGUCUUUCUAACAAAAACUGACCGCACUGUAGAUGGAACUCAACAUUUCUGCUAAUGGGGCUACUGUUUACGCAACUGUUUCCGUCACAUUUGUUGCGAUUAUAAUUUCAAUGUUUUUUUUUUUUUUUUUUUUUGUUUGUUUUCCCCGAGGAUGUUUUAUGGGCAACAUAAAACAAUACAGUGUACGUUUAUAACAAGAAUUGUUUUACACCGGGUUGUCUGAGAAGAAGAAAACUGCAGCGUUGAUGUAAUUAACUAACUUAUAUCAGGUUUUACUGUACAGAAUCAGGACUGUUUUGUAAAUACACGCGUUUCAUAUCAGAAGGUUAGAUUGUGUAUUUGUACAUAGACAAAGAGUGAAUUAAUAAAGUUUAUAAUGGAGCGUUUAAAAAAAACUGAAAAUCUCUCUUGUUUUAAAUAGAAUUUGUUUUAAAAAGUAAUUU